GAUAAGUUCUUGGUCCGUGCAACUUGACGAUUACAACCUCAAGAGAUUCAAAAAAAAACUUCUCCAUCGUCUUCACAAGCUCAAUGGCCAAGCGAAAGGCAGCUGAGUCCAGUGAGGACGAAGCUUUCAUUGAUGACGCGUCCGAUGCUUCUGAGCCCAAACCGAAACGUACCAAGGCCAAAAAUAUCGAACAUUUCAGUGAUGAGGAUGCGCCAUCUACGGCGAAGGGAAAAACCAAGUCAUCGCGUAGUAAGAAAACAAAGAAGGCAGAAGAGUCGAGUGAUGAAGACGAACCCAUUGAAACCAAAUCCAAGCCAAAGAAGACACCCAACGACUCCCGGUCUGAUGCUGAAGUCGUCGUGCACAAGACAUCCGACGGCGAUAAAUACAUCGAUCUUGGAAAGAAGAAGCGCGCGACUGUCCGAAGUUUCAAAGGUAUGCCACUGCUCGAUAUACGGGAGUUCUAUGGGCAAGAAGGAGACGAAAAGCCAGGCAAGAAGGGCAUUUCUCUUUCACUAGAACAGUGGAAAACGCUCAAGGAUGGUAUGGAUACCAUUGAUCGACUCUUUGCGACGGUGAAGAAGUGAAUAUUUUAAGUAGUCGUAUUUGUCUUGUAUUAUUUGCCGUGUAC